AUGGCCAAAGGUGCCAAAUUACCCGGCUCAUUGCCGCAGCUAAAACCUCGCCGCAAAGAAUCGAAAUCUCUAAAGCGAAAGCGUGAAGAGGAAGAACUCGAAAACCUCGAAAAGGCGGCGCAAGAGUUCGAUCCCUCUAAUCUUACGAAAUUCACCGAUCUUCCAUUGUCUAGACAGACCGCCAGUGGCCUCGACAAGUCGCAUUUCAAAGUCCCCACCGACAUUCAGCGAAAAGCAAUACCCCUCGCACUGAAAGGCAAAGAUAUACUCGGUGCUGCCAAAACUGGUAGUGGAAAGACUUUGGCAUUCCUAAUACCCGUACUCGAAAAACUUCAUCGUGCGAAAUGGACACCCGACGACGGCUUAGGCGCUCUCAUAAUUUCGCCGACCCGCGAACUUGCAAUUCAAAUAUUCGAAGUCCUCCGUAAGAUCGGCCAGCGUCACUCUUUUUCCGCCGGCCUCGUAAUCGGUGGUAAAAACCUCCAAGAUGAAAGAGAGAGGCUCGGUCGGAUGAAUAUCCUCGUUUGCACGCCCGGCCGUAUGAAACAACAUCUAGAACAGAAUCCCGAUCUCGAUACUUAUAAUCUACAGAUCCUUGUACUGGAUGAGGCAGAUAGAAUACUGGAUAUGGGAUUUAAAGAUUCAAUCGAUGCAAUUGUUCAAGGUAUUCCAAAGAGCCGACAGACACUAUUGUUUAGUGCGACUCAAACAAAGAAUGUGAACGAUUUGGCUAGGUUGAGUUUGAAGGACCCGGAGUACGUAGCUGUUCACGAGGCCGCAAGUGCGGCUACACCAGGAAAACUACAGCAACAUUACAUUGUCACCCCGUUACCGGAAAAACUGGAUAUUCUGUGGAGUUUCAUAAGAGCCAACGUCAAGUCGAAAAUACUGGUGUUCUUUUCGUCGACAAAACAGGUCAGAUUUGUCUAUGAGACCUUCAGACAGAUGCAGCCCGGUAUUCCGCUGUUACAUUUGACGGGGAAACAGAAACAGACAGCAAGAUUGGAGGUUUCCGCCAAAUUCUCGAGUUCGAAAAAUGCGUGUUUGUUUGCCACAGACGUAGUGGCUAGAGGUUUAGAUUUUCCGGCAGUGGAUUGGGUUAUUCAAGCGGACUGUCCUGAAGAUGCAGACACCUAUAUUCAUCGUGUGGGCAGAACAGCAAGGUACGAGAGAGAUGGUAGAGGAGUAUUGUUUCUAUGUCCGACGGAAGAGAAAGGUAUGCUGGAAAGGCUUAAGACAAAAAAAGUGCCAAUCGAGAAAAUCAACGUCAAGCAGAACAAAAAGCAGAGUGUGCAGAAUCAACUUCAGGGGAUUUGUUUUAAAGACCCGGAGAUCAAGUACCUCGGGCAAAAGGCAUUUACAAGCUAUGCAAGAAGCGUGUAUGUGCAAAAAGAUAAGGAUAUCUUCGACUUAGAAAAGCUACCGCUUCAAGAAUUCGCGACUAGUUUGGGCCUUCCGGGUGCCCCUAGGAUAAAGUUCCUAAAAGGAGAGGAUACAAAGCAGAGAAAGAACGCACCAAGGGCACUGUUGAAAGACGAGGACAGCAGCGACGAUGCAGAAAGCGGUGAGGAAGAUACUAAGAAGGAGAAGAAGAAGGAGGUGCGGACGAAAUAUGAUAGAAUGUUCGAAAGACAAAAUCAAAAUAUCUUCACAUCGCAUUACACCGGCAUGGUGCGACAUGGAGAAGAGGAAGAAGAAGAAGAGAGGGAUGAGGACUUCCUUGCAGUUAAAGGUCACGGCUAUGGCUCCGAUACCGAAGACAACAAAGGUCCGAACAACGGCCAAAAGUUCAUUCAAGUACACGGCAAAGAUCCAUUACUGGUGGACUCGAAACGACGAGAGAAACUGGCAACCUCGAAGAAGGCUUUGCUCAAAUAUAAAGGCAAAGGUACCAAAUUGGUAUUCGACGAAGAAGGUGAAGCACAUGCAAUCUAUGAAUUUGAGGAUGAAGAGGAGUUCAAGAAAGCUGGCGAUGCAGAGGAACAGAGAGGCAAAUUCUUGGCAGAAGAAAAGAAGAAGGUCAGCGCUGCUGAUGAAGAAGAUAAGAACGUGGCGAAGGAGAAAAGGAGGGCGAAAAAAGAGAAGCAGAAGGCGAGGAUGCAAGAGGAUGGCGAUGAAGAAGAAGAAGGGUUCACUGGCGGGUUGCCACUUAUACCGUAUGAAGAUUUCGAUGCCAGGAGGGAAGAGAGUGACGACGAUGAAGCACCAGAACUUGUCCAAGAAGAGGAUAGGCCAGCGAAGAAACAGAAGAAAUGGUUUGAAGACGAUUCUGAAGAAGAGCGAAAGAAGAAGAAGAAGGCCAAGAGAAAGGGUAAAGUUGUCGAGAUGCAAGAAGAGCCGGAGACUUUGGACGACCUAGAAGCCCUCGCUGCCGGAUUACUUGCAUAG